AUGGAUGACAGCCACCACACUAUUUCCAGUGGGUUGGAAGGCAUACCACUGUGGGCUGUGAUGGGUGCCUGGAUUAUAGUGGGUAGUUGGAAUAUACAGCUAGCCAGCUUUCAUGCAGGUAUUAGUGGGCUGGAUGGAUCACAGCCUCCAGGAUAUUUCCAGUGGUUCAGAAAGAACACUAGUGGGAUUCGAUUGGGCCAGUAUGACUUCCUGACAUUUCCAGUUAGCUGGGUCAGAUCCCAUGUUAUUGCCAGGGACCAGCAGGGGGCCAAGGCCAGUGACAGUUGGUUGGCAUCAAUUCCUAACUACCUCCAGUUGGCUGGGAUGGAUCACAAACUCCAGGCUAUUUACAGUGGUUCAGAUGGCAUUCCAGUGGGAUGGUAUUGGGCCAGGACACCUACAAGCCACAAUAUAGUGGGCCAGCACAGGUCCAGGGCUGGUGGCAGUUGUUUGGCAUCAAUUCUGAACCAACUCCAGUUGGCCAGGAUGGAUGACACCCUCUGGGCUAUUUACAGUGGUUCAGAAGGCACUCCAGUGGGAUUCUAUUGGGUUGGUAUAUGUUCUGGCAAAGUCCAGUCAGCUGGGCCAAAUUCCCAGUUGAUGACCAUAACCUGGGACACAUACCAGCCUUAUGAUAGGGGACCUGGGACAGAUGCCCAGCCUAUGGUAGUUGAUUGGCAUGGAUGCCCAGUGAAGGCCACUUAA